AUGCUGUGGGUGGCCGUGUGUUCGGCGAUCGUGGCCUGGCAGACCUUCUCCCGGGCCUACGUCGCCUUCGAACGCAUGCACUGGGAAGUGAUCAGGGUCUUCGGGUAUGGCCUGUUGACCUGUGUGACCACGGGCUUGGGUGCAGUGCCUUUCCUCGUUGUGAAGCCUGGCCCCUUGGGUAUCGGCCUGGCCGUGGCCAACGCCGUCGCAGCUGGUAUGAUGCUGGCGGCCUCAGCGUCCAUGGUCUUCGAGGCACAUGAGCACUGCGGCACAAUGGAUUGGCAGCUUUUCGUUGGUCUUGGGGCGGGUGCUCUUUUUAUUCGUGCGAGCGAACGCUUGCAUGGCGUUGAUGAAGAAGAGGAAGAAGGCAUCGCAGCCCUCCACGAUGCGCUACUGGAGAGGAAGCAGUGGAGGAAAGCCAUGCUGAUUUUUACUGUAAUGUUCUGUCAUUCCGCCGCCGAAGGCAUCGCUGUAGGCGUUGCCUUUAGCAGGCAGCUGAAUCAUGAGUUUGGAAUCUACAUCUCAUUGCUUUUAGCCGUGCACAAUGUGCCCGAGGGCUUGGCCGUGGCCCUCGUUCUGGUUCCCCGUGGUGUUUCGGCCACAUUGGCAGCCUUCAUCGCUACGCUGACAAGCGUGCCGCAGCCUGUGCUGGCGCUGGCGGCAUUUCUCUUCGUAGAAGUCUUUCAAGGACUCCUGCCCAUCGGAUUGGCCUUCUCUGCAGGAGCCAUGGUCUACGUUUGCCUUCACGAGCUUUUGGUGGAGUCCAUGGAGCAGUUGGGCUUUACCAAAGCCGUCCUGGCAUCCUCUUUGUCUUUUGGGACCAUGUCUGCCUGCAUCUUCUUGCUCCAGUCCAUCACAGGAUUGUGA